UGUUGAUAAAGUGGAUGACGAAGAUGAUGAGGAUUUAACAGUGAACAAAACCUGGGUCUUGGCACCAAAGAUUCAUGAAGGAGAUAUAACACAAAUUCUCAACUCAUUGCUUCAAGGCUAUGAUAAUAAACUUCGCCCAGAUAUAGGAGUGAGGCCCACAGUAAUUGAAACUGAUGUUUAUGUAAACAGCAUUGGACCAGUUGAUCCCAUAAAUAUGGAAUACACAAUAGAUAUAAUUUUUGCCCAAACCUGGUUUGACAGUCGUUUAAAAUUCAACAGUACCAUGAAAGUGCUUAUGCUUAACAGUAAUAUGGUAGGGAAAAUUUGGAUUCCUGACACGUUCUUCAGAAACUCAAGAAAAUCUGAUGCACAUUGGAUAACAACUCCUAAUCGUCUGCUUCGAAUUUGGAAUGAUGGACGAGUUCUAUAUACUCUGAGAUUGACAAUCAAUGCAGAAUGUUAUCUUCAGCUUCAUAACUUUCCUAUGGAUGAACAUUCUUGCCCACUGGAAUUUUCAAGCUAUGGGUACCCUAAAAAUGAAAUUGAGUAUAAGUGGAAAAAACCUUCUGUAGAAGUGGCUGAUCCUAAAUACUGGAGAUUAUAUCAGUUUGCAUUUGUAGGGUUACGGAACUCAACUGAAAUUUCUCACACAAUCUCUGGGGAUUAUAUUAUCAUGACAAUUUUUUUUGACCUGAGCAGACGAAUGGGAUAUUUCACUAUUCAAACCUACAUUCCAUGUAUCCUGACAGUUGUUCUUUCCUGGGUGUCUUUUUGGAUCAAUAAAGAUGCAGUACCUGCAAGAACAUCACUUGGUAUCACUACAGUUCUGACUAUGACAACUCUGAGUACAAUCGCCAGGAAGUCCUUACCUAAGGUUUCUUAUGUGACUGCGAUGGAUCUCUUUGUUUCUGUUUGUUUCAUUUUUGUUUUUGCAGCCUUGAUGGAAUAUGGCACCUUGCAUUAUUUUACCAGCAACAAAAAAAUAAAGACUGCUAGAGACAGAAAGCUGAAGAAUAAAAGCUCGAUGUCCCCUGGACUCCAUCCUGGAUCCACUCUGAUUCCAAUGAAUAGCAUUUCUCUGCCACAUGGAGAAGAGGAUUAUGGGUAUCAGUGUUUGGAGGGCAAAGAUUGUACCAGCUUCUUCUGUUGCUUUGAAGACUGCAGAACAGGGUCAUGGAGGGAAGGAAGGAUACACAUACGCAUUGCUAAAAUUGACUCCUAUUCUCGAAUAUUUUUCCCAACAGCUUUUGCCCUGUUCAAUCUGGUUUAUUGGGUUGGCUAUCUUUACUUAUAAGUUCUAUUUACCAGGCAAAAAUCAUAAGAAGUUUAACUGAAUCCAAUACAAUCUAUUGCACUUCAGUAAUACGAAGUUUAAAUUUAAAAUGCAGAGAAACCAAUGGUUAAAAUGUAAAAACAUUGUAACUGUUCUAAGGAUUCAUAGGUAAAUAAAGUAGCAGCUUUCAUGUUAAUUACUUCACUGUAUGUAAAAGAGAUUAGUUGCAAAAUUCUGUAUAGUAAAAUACUAUUAUAUAUUUUUACUUUAAUCUUAUUUAUUUUACUUGUAUCCCAUUAAGAUUUUGAAUUUGUAAGUUCCGUGAUUCAUAUUUUAAAGAUGGAAUAUUUUAAUAACUUUAAUAAUAUUUUAUUUAAAUAUAAUCUAUCAUUGUUUGUAAUGGGGGCCUAAUCUCAUGCCUAAUGUUUAUGUAGUAAUUUUUUGCCUGGAAAAUAUUGUUAUUUUGAUUUUUUUCCCUUACUUUUUAUUUGUAUGCCCUGUUUGGAAUAGAGCUAGUGAAAACCAUAAAGUCAUGAUUUCCUGGCAUCUAUAUCCAGAUCUUUCACUCCCAAGAACAAACUAAAUUAGAAGAAAAGGCCAAUUUUUACCUUAUUAAAAGGACAAUUUUUAUCUUAUUAUUUAUCGUAUUUUAAUCAAGUCCAUUUCCUGACACAAUAUUAAAUAGAACUGUAGUUACUUUAGUUUUGGUGAUUUACAAACUAGGAUGGAAACCACCAAAGUAAUUUCUUUUAAAUACAGGUGAAAAAAAAGUUACAUUUAACCAUUUUAUUCUCUGCCUCGCAGCAUU